AUGGACGGAAUUACAUUCAUUAAGUAUGGUACACUAGAUGCCCAGGAUGUUAGUGAAUGCACAUCAAACAUUUGCCUCUCACUACGCGAAGUUGCAAAAGACACCGAAUAUCGUGUUGCUGUCAGCUACUCAUCUCACAAACUACCAAGUCAGCCCGUGAAAAAAUACUGUGCAAGUGUAUACAUCCCCAUGCGAGAGGCCGAGCAACAAGAGACGAGGGCGGCAUGGGAGGAAACGCUCAGUAAGGAACUUGGGCCCCAAGGGUUCCGCGCGGCAUCGAAAUUGGUGCUCGGCCCCAGCUACUAUACCCUGGAUAAGGACGCUGAAUGGAACACUCUUUUUUCAAUUAUUGACGCUGGUGGAGACGUCAAUGCCCAAUCCAAGGAUGAACGCCCUCGAGCGUACAGUAUCCAGUCGGUGGUCGCAGUAUGCAGAGAUAUACCCUUUUGGCUCGUGAGGGAGGGGAAAGUACAAAAGGACUCACGCGUGGCAAUGAGAUGGCUAACCAACGACGCCCAACGUAUAGAUGAUACUCGACUUGCAAAGUUAUGGAAACCUAGCGAAUACUGGGAAGGCUUUUCGAAGGGAAAGGCCCCUUUAGAGUCCAUCGAUCCAGUCGAUUCGACCCCUGGGGACCGAGGAAGUGAUUCUGAAUAUUUAGAUGCGAAAUCCCACUUAUCGUCUACAGGAAGUGAUUCUGGUGAUUCUGUAUAUUUCGAUGCGAAAUCCCACUUAUCGUCUACAGGAAGUGAUUCUGGUGAUUCUGUAUAUUUCGAUGCGAAAUCCCACUUAUCGUCUACAGGAAGUGAUUCUGGUGAUUCUGUAUAUUUCGAUGCGAAAUCCCACUUAUCGUCUACAGGAAGUGAUUCUGGUGAUUCUGAAUAUUUCGAUGUGAAAUCCCACUUAUCGUCUACAUGUAGUAAGUGA